AUGUCUACGUACAUGUUGAGCUGGGAUACUUAUCGCCUGUUUGCAGAAUCCUGGAUCGAGGUCUCCUCCCAGCCAUCCUCGUCCUCCCUCUCCUCUGCCGCCGAAGAGAUCGUCACCACCGGCCUGCGCGUCCAGCACGACUCCAACACCCGCCGCCGACGCCGACUAAGGCACAACAGCCCCCUACACAUCCAGAUAGGACCACGAGCAAAAAGCACAGGCGGCAGCAGUCAAGAAGAGUACGAAGAGAGCGAGAGCGAAUCAGACCGAGUCAUGACGUCCUCGAACGAGGGACUCCAGCCCUCUCCCCUCCAAGAACUCCACCGAACAAGCCGCGCCCUGUCAAACGCCUCCUCAGGGAACUACACCGACGACGAAGGCGGCAACGACGACGACGAAAACUCCACCGCCAUCGGCAUCCCGCCCAUAGCCGAACAAUGCUUCACUCCGCAGCCAAACGCCUUCUCGCACCCCCCAAGCUCCCACGCAAACCGCGCCCCGCAAUCUGCCGGCUACUUCCCCCCCGUGCGCCCUACUCCGCGCCCGCCAGCCCACCGCCACUCAUACGCCGCGCCGCAGACGCACACGCCCUACACGGUAAUCGCGCCCUCGCACACCGCGGACCACGACGCUGCUCUCCGCGCCAGCCUCUCAACGCUCCUCUCCCUCGGCGCCGCAGCCCGCGGCCUCACGAAAUCGGACCAGCCACCCGCUGCGACGCAGCCCGGACCCGCCCGCCUGGACCCAACCUCCAUCCGCAUGGUUCCCGAGUCAGUCGCCCUGGGCGGACCGACGGGACCCUCGCCGCCUAGCUCCACGCACGCGCAGCCCGCCUCGUCGCAGCCCCGCAGCCCGGGCGUGGAGAAGGGCAAGCGCAAAGACAGCACAAACCGCAGCAGCAGCAAAGAGCGACGAGCCGUCAAGAAGGCGCGGCGGACCUCGUCCUCGCCCGCCCCGACGGCGGAGGAGAUCACCCCAACGCUGCUGACCUGGGUCGUGAGCGCGGGUGUCGUGGUGCUGGUGAGCGCGCUCAGUUUUUCGGCGGGUUAUGUGGUUGGACGCGAAGCCGGGAGGGCGGAGGCGGAGUUUGUUGGGCCGCUGUCGGAGGCCGCGAUGGAGGCGCGGAGGUGUGGGGUUGGUUUUGGGAGCGAGAUUGGGAGGGCGGGGAUGGGGGUUAGGAAGCUGAGGGUUCCGACUGCUGUGAGGGUUUAG